AUGAGUUUUGAAAAAGUUUUUGAUCAGCUUUCAGCCACCAUCGAUAGCUCAGUUGAUACAUCCACUAACUAAUCCUCUCCAGUCUCUGAUAAAAAGAAAAAACAAUCAUUUCCUUGCGAAAUUUGCAAUAAAAUUCUAACUAGUCCAAAGAAUUACAAAAGACAUGUUAUUAAGAGACAUUAUAAUCUCCAUAGAUUUUCAUGUCAAAUCUGCUAAAGACCAUUUGCAAAGAAAGGAAAUUUGCAAGUUCAUUUAAGAGUUCAUAGCGGUGAAACCCCAUUUGAAUGCGACAAAUGCGGAAAAAACUUUAAGAAUAAAGCUAAUAUGCGAGAUCAUAUAAAAAGGCAUGAGCAGCUUAGGAAGUACUAACUUGCCAAUCAUGUCAUGAAGAAGCACAGUAUUCAUCAAAAGUAAAAGCAAUCUAUAUCUGAGAAUGAAAACACUAAGCAAGCUUCAUUUCUGAUUGUAAAAUAAUAAUAAACAAGCAAUCUACAACAAAUGGAUUUCCCUGUUUUCAAAUUUAACUUCGAGCCUUACGUUUGCAAUUAAAAAAAGAAAGAUUUUCUAUUAAGUGAUAAGUUAAACAUUAAAGAAUUGGAAUGGCAGGAAUUUGAUGAAAUCAAAUAAAAAGCGAUUUCGUAUGUUUUCCGAUCUAAUGAAACUUUUGAAGAUCCUAGGAAAGUUAUUGAUAAACUAAGGACUUGUGGUCUCUAGAUUGUAUAGAACAAGAAAUAUUCAGAUUCAAUAAUGAAUUGCUGA